AAAUUUUAUACGCUAAACAAAGUGAUCAACUUUUGUUCAUCUAAUUUUAUCAGUUUAAAUAAUGUUUCUGAAAAUUUGGCUGAUAUUCUCAUGUUUGUUAGUUUUAAAUAUUUUUUUCGUUUUCUCAGCUAAUCAGAAAUGCUUCAAUAUCUGCCCAGAUGCUAUCAAUUACGAUUUUUUUAUACCUUUGCGGGAAUUCAUUAUGAGUAAUUUGAUUGAAGAUGGACCUGCUGAUGGAAUUUGUCUUACCAAAGAUAAAUGGAUCUUUAAUGGAACUCAGUUUGGUCUUCCACCCAAAUGUAGAUGUAUGGAAUUUCCACCAGCAGAAGAAAUCAAUCCUAAUGAUGGGCCAAGAUGUCCUGAUCAUUUGCAAGCAUCUGUUGAAGAAUCCAUCAAUGAAAAUUUAAAAAGAAAUCUCGAACUUCGAGGUGAUGAGAUGCCUGAAAACGGUUGGUGUCCUGAAGGAAAAACUAAAUGGAUGAUAUUGAAAUCUCAAUUAGAUGUUCCAAGAGAUGGUUGUGUUUGCAUUGAUGCUUUCAAUCCUUAUUCACCAGAAAUUGUAUGUAUUGAAGACGAUAAUUGAAAUAAUUAAAAAUAAAAACACGGA